GUGGCGGACAGGGAAAGAGGCUCACGGAGGGCGCCGUCGAGUUGGGCUUGCUGGAGGCGGGUGGAUUCGGCAACUCCGUGGGGCACAGACAACGGAAAAACGUUGCGUUCUGGAAAUUGAGCAGCUUCAAGCGGUCGGCAGUCCCAACGGGUCGGUGAAGGAGGUCCGCGGCCCCAGCGGGCGCCAGGCAGCUUUAAGAAAAAUAUAGAAAUCUCUUCUGACUAUACUGAAUAUAGCAAAAAUUAAGUGACUUUCUACAUUGCAAGUCAUGGCACUACCAUUCCGGAAGGACUUGGAAAAGUACAAAGACCUUGAUGAAGAUGAGCUCCUUGGCAAUCUAUCGGAAAUAGAACUAAAACAACUGGAAACUGUUCUGGAUGAUCUUGACCCUGAGAAUGCCCUUCUGCCUGCAGGGUUCCGGCAGAAGAACCAGACUUCAAAGUCUGCCACAGGGCCGUUUGAUAGAGAGCACCUCCUUUCAUACCUGGAGAAGGAGGCACUGGAGCAUAAGGACAGGGAAGACUAUGUGCCCUACACUGGAGAAAAAAAAGGGAAAAUAUUUAUCCCUAAACAGAAACCUGUACAGACUUUUACAGAAGAAAAGAUCUCUCUUGAUCCAGAAUUAGAAGAAGCUCUGACGAGUGCUUCUGAUACAGAAUUGUGUGAUCUUGCAGCUAUUCUUGGGAUGCACAAUUUGAUAACAAAUUCCCAAUUCUGUAAUAUAGUGGGAAGCAGUAAUGAUGUCAACCAAGAACAUUUUUCAAAUGUGGUAAAAGGUGAAAAGAUUCUUCCAGUAUGUGAUGAGCCACCAAACCCAACCAAUGUUGAAGAUAGUUUAAAGAGAAUUAAAGAAAAUGAUGCUCGCCUUGUUGAAGUUAAUUUGAAUAAUAUAAAGAAUAUCCCAAUUCCAACCCUAAAAGAUUUUGCGAAGGCUUUGGAAACCAACACACAUGUGAAAUAUUUCAGUCUUGCAGCUACCCGGAGCAAUGACCCCAUUGCUGUUGCUUUUGCAGAUAUGCUGAAAGUGAACAAAACUUUGAAGAGUUUAAAUGUAGAGUCCAACUUUAUUACAGGAGCUGGGAUUCUAGCACUGAUUGAUGCUUUAAGAGAUAAUGAAACCCUGGCAGAGCUCAAGAUCGACAAUCAGAGGCAGCAGUUGGGGACAGCUGUAGAAUUGGAAAUGGCCAAGAUGCUUGAGGAAAAUACCAAUAUCCUUAAAUUUGGGUAUCAGUUUACACAGCAGGGGCCCCGAACCAGGGCAGCUGAUGCUAUAACAAAAAACAAUGACUUAGUUCGCAAGAGACGAGUCGAAGGAGACCACCAGUAAGUCUGCCAGGGUAUAGUCUUUGGAAGAUUUCGAAAGAUCACCAGCGCUUCAUGUCUGUGAUAUCAGCUGUAAAAUUUGCCUGGGUAGAAGGGAAAAGACUGGAAAUCUCUUGUUCUUUUUUAAAAAAUUCUAUGUAUCUUUUUUCUAGUUUAAGUUGUUACCAGUUUCAAAUUGUAAAAUCAAUAGUAGAUAAUUUUUGUAUUGUGAAGCACUAUUUCUAGUUUCUGCUAAAAUCAAUUUUAAUUUAGCUUAAUUGAAUGGCUUAUGAUGACUCGGGUAAAAAAAAAUACUAUUAUAAAAAAAGUUUCAGCGGUCUUUUGUAUAGAAGAAUUUGAACAUUUUGAGGACCAAUCUUUUAAAUGAAAAGGGACAUUCCUAUUUCUCUUUUAGGUGUAAGUCACUUUAAAAAGCUUCCCUUAUUCCGUGACCUGUAUAUUUUUCCAGUUUUAGACUACAUGAACUUGGAAAGGGUGUGUUCUUUUCCUUCUGUCAAAAGAACAAAAUGCCAGAAUUUUAAAACAGAUAACUUAAAAUCUGGUCAUCUAAGACCAAAAGCAGGUCUAAGAAAGAAAAAAUGGUCUUCACUGCAUUCCGGGUUACUGCAACAUCUAGAUAUAUUUUUAACAAAAUCAUUGGCUUUGUUGGGUUACAUACUUUGUUUUUUAUGUUCAUUACAGUUUUUCAUUUUAAUAAUGUGGGCAUUAUUAAAUUUUUAUGACAUCUAACAGUUAAAAAGCAUCUGAGUAGAAAAACUAGUUUCUUUCCUGUAAAAAAGCAUAUGGGCAACUCUCAGUUAUUUAGGGUCAAAUUUUUAGGGUAAAAUUUAAGAGCAAGGUAUUGUUAAACACAUCAAAUCAAAGAUAAAUAUGAUGGAGUUCAAGUCUGAGGUGCUUACAAAACAAUCAUUUAAACUGAUGGUUAUUGUAAGUAAAUUAGAAACUGGCACAUGUAUAAAUUACUUAGUGUUGUACAGUAUAGUAAGAAUUUCCUAUAUGCAAUGCAGAAUUAGAUAACCAGUAUUUAACCACCACUACAAAAUUUCCAACCAAGGUAUUAAGGAAAUCUGUUAUUCUUUAUAUGUCAAUUUGAAUAUGUUUCAUUUCAUCUUAUACUUUUUUAUCCAUAACAAAAGUAGCCUUCUUGGUGCUCAAAGUAUUAAAGUGAAAAAUUAAACAGUAUUCAGUGGCAGGGAAACUGACAUGAGACUCUAGAAUUGACACCUGUGAUUGAUGAUAGAGGAUUUGGACUUGUUUUCAUGCCCUAUGUCAAGGCAGCCCUUGAAGCACCAAUGGCAGAAAUAUUUACCGCUAAAGAAGCUAGGAAAGGAAUCUGAGUAAUCUGGCCUCAAAAUUCGGGCCUGGCUGUAUCGUUCACAGGGAGAUUUUUCUAAUGGGAAAGAAUCUGGUUUUGGAGAAGGGGGAGAUAGUUUGCUCAUUUUUAAAACUUUUUGACAUUGAAUUACAAAAUUCCUGCUACUUUGGCCUGGGCUGGACUGUUUAUCUAAUGAACUAGAAAGCUUCUUUGUAAAAUGGUAACAAGCCUUCUUAUCUGGUUUCCCUCAUGAGAACUGUGGUGUUUUUUGUUGUUUUAAAAUCAGUAUCCAAUGUUUUAAAGGGGCCAAAGAUUAACUUUGCCUGUUCUCUUUCAUUUUUAGGCCACUGAUUUUUUUCAAGUUAGCAAGGCUGGCUGGUACCAAAAUCUGGCACCUCUUUACCUUUGAGUAACUUUUGGUAUUUCUAUCUUGCCCUAAAAUUUUACAAUAGAAUAAAUUAAUUAGGCUCUUGAAAUAGUCUUGAUUAUUAAACCAAAGAUUUUCUAAGACAAAGUUUUGUAGUCUAACCAAUUUAAACUUAUCUGGUUAUCUAAAAGAUUAAUGUUUGUAUUUUUAAACUGCUGUUUUUUGAAAGUUUUUGAUUACUCAUAAAAUUUUAUAUGCAUAUUUGUCUGAAAUUCAGGUUUUUCCAGAAGGUAUGUAUGAAAUUGUAUGUACCUAAAACUCAAUAUUAAUGGUUAAUAUUAAUAUUAUUAAAAUUGAUUUUGGUGCUAUAUACUUGUAGCUAAAGCCUAGAAGUCUACAGUAUAGGUGAGAUACAUUUUCUAUAGGUACCUGUCUUUUAAAAGACCGACUAAACAUUUUAUGUUAAAUUAAUAAAUUGUUAAAGAUUUCAAGGAGAGUUAUCUUGGCCAUAAAAUUGCAAAUUCUUGUUAUUUGAGUGAAAUAACCCUCAUUCUUGCUUUGUGCAGUAGGUGCACUCUGGAAAAGUUACAUGUAAAUAGAACUUUGUAAAUUGUUUUCCCAUUGACCAAGUAUCUGAUGUGUUCUCAUUUAAAAAGGGGGGAGUCCAUGAUAUAAUAAAAAAUCACAAAAGAAAAAAAAAUGUUUUGCUAGAAUGUUAAUCAUGUUCUAGUGUACAUUAUGUUUAACCCUUGCUGCCAUUAAAAUAAAAUGAAAGAACUCAUGGAGUUUCAUAGACUUACA